GUACUAUCUUUCUUUGCAUAUUGAGCUCCGUGCCCGACCUUCCAGCUCGCAAAGUCGGGCCGCACCAACAGCGGAAACAAGGCAACUCGGGUCACCGUUUCCUUCAAUCGGAAGACAGCUAUAGGGGAAAGGAGCCGCCAGGGAGAAGAAACAGAGCGGAGCGAGGAGCCAUGGCCGCCAGGAAUUUCUUAGCCCGAUCCCCCAAGGAGGAGGAAUCCAGCGCUGCCGUCCGAGAGGCUGUCUUGUUGGGAGGGAAGAACGCCGCCAUUGCUGGUACUGUGGUCGCGGUUCCCACGUUGGUUGCUUGCCGUGUCCUUCCUUGGGCUAAGCAUAAUCUGAACUACACCGCACAAGCACUCAUCAUAUCGGCAGAACGAUGCAGCUGCCCUGAUACCGGGCCAGCCACUAGGGUGGCUCGAUCUUCACGAAUUGGAGGUCGAUUUGAGAAGCAACACAAGAAUCAAGGGCGAAAAAAGGGAAACCAAGAUGAAAAUCAUUCAAAGGACAAGAUCCACUCCAAUUACUCCUCAAAACGCAAGUCAAUCUAAGAGGUGCAUCUUAGAUCCAAGAACAACAGAAGACACAAAGAUCGAUAAGCUGUGGAUGGUUAGGUUCAUUGUGCAUAAAGCAUCUUCCGUCAACCAGCACCUGAGCCAUGGCUGGAAGACUCAAUCACUAUUGAAAAUCUGAAGGAACAAUUGGUGCAACACGGGUUAGGCCAAAAUGAUUUUUUCUACUAUCGAAGCAGGGUGAUGCCAAGUGCAGGAUCAUGUGGAAGUUUAGUGGCACGAAUAGGUUCAACUGAAGUUAUUGGAGGAUAUUAAAGUCAAGGUGCAGGACGGGGAUGAGCUAAGUGGGUGGUUGAGGUGGAACAUAGGUGGCAGGAUGACCAUGGCUGAACUAACCAAUGAUUCCAUAGUUCGGGAGAUGAUCAAAGAAUACAAGGCAUUUCAGAUGGUCGACUUGCAUUGUUACAACAGACAUGGGGGAUUUGUAGAGCCUGCUCCAAUUACAGAUGGUGUCACUGUGGAGUGGCCACUCUCCUCCAUGCCCAUGGCUCGGCGAUGCUAUAUGAUGUUGUCAACAAGUCUGAACUUCAUGUUUGAAGUGAUUUCAUUAUGUCUAGAAUUUUGAAUUUGUCAAGUUAGCACCCCAUGUACCCCAUGUUGUCUGAGAACUCUGUUACGAUUUGCGCUGUUAUGGAUAAUGUUACUUUCAUCUGUAUGUUAA